AUGGCGGAGCUACAAAAGUGGGAGAUCAGCGACUCUCGGCUGGAGAUAGACAGGAGCUACGACGAUAGCACCGUCCGCUUCAAAUUACUGAUCGGCAACUCAACAUCAGCCAACCUCAAGGAUACACAAAAUGUGCCUUUCGACUCGGAAGUGAUCAAAACGAUCACCGAUCAAGGGUGGAUAUCCGACGAGUACACACACUUGUGGCGCCGCGACGAAGGAGGAUCUGCUGCGCUCACCUCCCACGGCAUUCUGAACUCCGAGAGACGGCCGGUCUUUUUGCUCCUUGUCACUCGUCAAUCGAGAGCGAAACUACUGCGGCGGAUUGUGCCACGGGACUUUGCCAUCCUGCCAUUUUGCAUCCUCAAGCACCAUGUAGACGAGACGCUUGUCGCGGUACAAGAAUUGACAAGAUUGAUCACUUCUGCCGAAAGGCGUAUCGCCGAGGGCGUCAUAUCUUUGGACGACAAUGGCGACUACAAGCUCAUCAACAGACUGAAUCUUGAGCAUGUCCGAUUGCAGCGAAGGUCCGACUUCCAGAAUGAUCUCGGCUCGAAUCUGCUCAAGUACCUGGAUGCUUACCAGCGGCUGUGGUCUGUACUCUUCGAAGGUGGGACUGGCUAUAUCGAGGACAUGCGGGAGAAGGUCGAACAGCAGAUGCGGUACUCGACGCAGGUGCAGAAGGAUCUAGAAAUGUUACCCAGGAGGAUCGACAACCAGUCGAAAGCAAUGUUCAGCAUUGUCGCUUUGCGAGACAACAAGCUGAACAUCCAGCUGGCUGAAAGCUCUCGUCGAAUCGCUGAAGAGAGUCGUCUCGAUAACUUGCUCAAUGUGAAACUUGCCAAAGCAACGGCACAGCUAGCAGAGGAAACACGGCAGGAUUCGGCAGCCAUGAAAACCAUCGCCGUGUUGACGCUUACGUUCCUGCCAGGAACAGCCGUCGCAUCGUUCUUUGGCAUGGACGGGAUGUUCAACUGGAAUCCUGGACCGGGCGAGAAGCUGGCGUCCCCGUACAUCUGGAUCUUCUUCGUCGUGACCAUUCCGCUGACCAUUCUCGUGUACUUUGCCUGGUGGUUCUGGUUUCGCAAGACUCGGGAGGAGUUCCAGAAGCAGUUCGCCGGUUCCGAUAUUGCCACAGCUGAGGAGGAGAUGAUGCGGCGAAUGAGAACGACGACGAACUCUUGGACUUUGGAGAAGCAAACGACGAUGACGGCUCGGCAAUGA